AUGACACCUUUAAAUAAAUCUUAUCAUUCUGAGUUACUUCUACCAAUAGAAGCAGAUUUUGCGUCUUCAAAUGCAGAUAGUAGACAACCAAUUGGAUUUCAUUGGAAUGAGCGCAUUGACUUUAAAAAAUACGAAAGCUAG